UUCCUGUCAGGAUAUGCUUGGAUUCUUCUAUCUGUAACUCACGUGUUUUUAUUCAAGGUUAUGUUAUAAUCAUCUGGUAUUUGUAAUAUAUUAUUUAAUUGUAUUUGUUAUUGAACAUGUACAAAUUGUUGCAAGUCCCGUUACGUGAACUUGUUUCUUGUAAAUGUCCUCGACAUCUUUCCGUUCCAUGUCUGUCUGUAAAGCAUAGGACCAAAUUGAUAUCAUCAUCAUAUCCUUUGCCAAGGUGCUAUACGUCUGUGUUUCGAGGAAGCAUUUUCCAUUGUGAACUUUCUUUUGUAUUGAAAGACACAUGCACGACGAGAUUUUACAGCACUGCAAGAGGAACGAGUAGUGAAAUUCAAGAGCUGCGUAAACAGGACAAUACACAAGGAAAAUACACAUCCAUAGAGCCAGAAAAAGAGGAAACAUUUAUUUUCCUGGAAUACAUUGAUCCAGAAGACACACACAAGGACCAGCUCAAUGGCCCCCUCCAUGUCAACGCUGUCCCCCUGAUUUCCACAGAAGAUGACAGCUUGCUGCCCAGGUCAGGCUUGGAGAAGCAGCAGAGGAUGCUGGAACCACAUCUUCAGUCACUGAAGCAUGGGACUAAAGGGGACUUGUUAAACCCUGAUUCUCUCAUUGAGUUCCACGAUGUAGGGUUUCAGCUUGAGGAAAGAAGCAAAAAGAAGAAAAAGAAAUCUAAAGGACAGCAGAAAAUAUACGGCACGCCUGAUUUGGAGGAGCCCGUCAGUGACACCUGUUGUAACGGAUGUGGUGCAGUCAUGCACUGCACUGACCCAGACAUGGCAGGCUAUCUACCAAGUGAGAAGUAUAAAGUUCUGCAGGAGGAGGACACGUUAAAACAGGCCAUUUGCCAGCGUUGCUACUUGCUCACACACCACCAGAAGGCAUUGACUUUAAAGAUGUCCAAGGAGGAAUAUCGCAGUGUGGUCUGUCAGGUGAAAUCUCAGAAAGCCUUGGUUCUGUUGAUAGUGGAUCUCCUGGAUAUCCCAGACUCCAUAGUGCCAGACCUGCUCGAGCUCAUUGGGGAAAACAAACACGUAGUGGUUCUGGGCAACAAAGUGGACCUGAUCCCCGGAGACUCUGAAAACUAUUUGCAAAGGAUUAAACGCCAGCUUUCACAGUACUGCAUUGAUUCUGGCAUUUCCUGUGAUAAUAUCAAAGACACCCACCUCAUCAGUGCCAAAACUGGAUAUGGUAUAGAAAAUCUGAUCACAUGUCUUCAGAGAUCGUGGAAGUACAAGGGAGACGUGUAUCUGGUAGGAACAGCAAACGCGGGGAAAUCCACUCUCUUUAACACUCUACUGGAGUCGGACUACUGCAAAUCCAGAGCCUCAGAUGUGAUUCACAAAGCCACCAUAUCUCCAUGGCCUGGCACAACACUGAACCUACUGAAGUUCCCCAUCAUCAACCCUACACCAUACCGCAUGUUCAGGAGGUCGGAGAGGCUCCAGUGCUUCUCCAAGCAAACCGAGAAGGAUCUCUCCCCAGAGGAGCUCCGGCGACUGGAGCAGUUCAGCAAGCAGGGCUACCUUGUGGGUCGCAUUGGAAGGACGUUCCGGACGAAUGGACAGUCUGACAAAGACCUGAUAGAAUUUGAUCCAGAUAGUCUGGCGUAUGGGGAGGAUGUGAGGGACGAGGAGGGAGAGAGAGACCUCUCGAAACCUUGCACCGAAGUCGGCUUGACACACAACGAACUGAAAGAUGCCCACUGGCUCUAUGACACCCCUGGCAUCAUGAAAGAGCACGACGUCCUCAGUCUGUUGACAGAACAGGAGGUGAAGAUGGUGGUACCCACACAAGCCAUUAUACCCAGGACGUUUGUGCUCAAACCUGGCUUGUCAUUGUUCCUGGGAGCUUUAGGGCGAAUUGAUUAUCUUAAGGGUGAGAAGUCCUGUUGGUUCACAGUCAUUGCUUCCAACCGGGUCCCGGUUCACAUCACUAGUCUGGAAAAGGCUGACCGCACCUAUCAGAAGCAUGCCGGUCAAACCCUGCUUGGGGUGCCAAUGGGCGGAGAAGAGCGGAUGAAGGAAUUCCCCCCUCUCAUCUGCCAGGAUUUUGAGCUGGAGGGGCAGGGCUAUACAAAAGCCAGCGCUGAUAUCAAGAUGUCCUCUGCAGGUUGGGUGGCAGUGACGGGGGUGGAGGGGACCAGCGUUAUGCUGCGUGUUCAUGCCCCAGAAGGCGCCGGCCUGUCCAUGAGGAGCCCCCCUCUACUCCCCCAUGUCGUUCACCUGAAGGGAGAGCGCAUCAAGAAGUCUGUCGCCUAUAAGACCAGGAAACCCCCAUCCCUGGUGGAUACCAGCCUGUCCUACAAGGGAGCCAAGCGGCUUAAGGUUAAAAAGAAGAAACUAUGAUAUUGACGUCGAUGAGGCAAUGCACAUUUUCAUGUCAUAUGCUUUCGGUAUUGGAUGUCUGAAGUCAGUGGUGUUCACAUUUCGCCCACGAAAGCCAGUUCCACCCCAUAUUUUCAUUGCAACCCCCCAAAUUAGGGACUUAUUUAGCCCUGGGAUACCUGGUGGGUGCAAUUAAUGAUGAGGUAAAACAGAAGGCUGAGUCCUUGGGUUAGGGGUUUGCAAUGGACAAAUGGAGUGGAACUGGCUCAAGGGCUUGAGUGGAACUGGCUCAAGGGCUUGAGUGGAACUGGCUCAAGGGCUUGAGUGGAACUGGCUCAAGGGCUUGAGUGGAACUGGCUCAAGGGCUUGAGUGGAACUGGCUCAAGGGCUUGAGUGGAACUGGCUCAAGGGCUUGAGUACCACCGGCUUGAGGUGGUGAUACCACACUUUCGAUUGUUUCUCAGCUCUGGGUUCUGUGGGGUUGUAAAUGUAGUGAAUCUAAAUGCUUCACAUCAGAGCGGUUUUUUUCUGCCUGUGGAUGCUUGUCUGUACAUUUACA